CGCCCGCUGCGAUCUCACGCGAAAAAUAGAUAAUUUCAUGUAGCUGAGAAUAAUUCGAGAUAAUCGGAAACUGCGCCAUAGUUUGUCGAGCGGCGCGCCGGCAGCCACGACGCUCUACGCCCUCUGAAUUAAAAGAAAACUAUGCCAAUGUAUCAGAGACCACCGUUCUGGCGGGUGCCACACCAACGCGUGGACCCUGAAGACGAGCCCAGGAACUUUGGUCAACGAAAGGUGACGCCAGGUACUCCGGCCGGCAGGGACUUAGUCCGUGGGGAUAUCAUCGCGAAGAUCGACGAUUAUGACGCACGUGACCUUCGACACGAGGACGCACAGAAUCUAUUCAAGAAUGCUCCAAAUCAGAUUAAAUUAGUCAUACAAAGGGACGUGGAACGCGAAGGACUGAGAGGUUCAGGCACGCCACUAGCGCCACGUUCGCCCAUACUCAACGCAAGCGCCACACCAUUCAGGACUCCAAGCCCGUUGCCUCCGUCAUGGCGUGGUCCAGAAUCUCUGCCUCGCAGCACACCGGUGCCACCAUCGCAAUUCCAGCCACAACUGGACGGCGAAUACAGAACCUAUCUGCUGUCGCCUUCUUCCACGCGCACCGAUGAGACCAUCGAUGAGUCUAUUCAGAGUCAGCCGUACCGCACCACUCCUCUCGUGCUCCCGGGAGCUAAAGUCCGAAGGGAGCCUGGCCCCACAGAGAGUUACCUGCGUCAUCACCCCAACCCAGCAAUGAGGGCACCUCCUAACCACGACUACCGUGAUACCCUUAUGAAACAAAAGGUGGCAGAGUCGGUGCUGCAGCGAGUGGUUGGCGAAGAGGCACCUAAGGUGUUGCACAAGCAAUUCAACUCUCCAAUCAAUCUAUACUCGGAACAGAACAUUGCAAACUCUAUCAGGCAGCAAACUUCGCCUCUGCCAACUAACGGCCAUUACGGACGGCCGCACGUUGUCAAGAGCCCCAGGCCGGCCGCGCAGUACGACCCCGCCAAGUCCGAGACGUACCGCGCGCUGCAGGAGGACGGCCUGCCCGACGCCGCCACCGAGCUCUCCGCGCCCGUCGCCACCAAGGUCUUCACAGCGCCGACCAGCAAGAGGCCAGCGCCUACACCGAAACCGACGAAGCAGUCCGACGCGAAACCGAAAGGAAAACAAACGACCUUCGUAAAUUCGCUACACGAAGAACACAUUCAACAGUCGAAUUCAUUCAAACGUCUCAUGUUCAAUGUACUUGGGGACACCGAAUUCUAAAGAUGCGACGCGUGACCUCCUUCAGCGCACUAACGACUGCUCGAUGUUCCUAAUUAUGCUGCAAUAAUACCAUUAACCACCACAGUGCAGUUUUAGUAGCCUUGUCACACAACUCAUGGAACUCAUGUGUUGCUAGUUGACAAAAAAAAACGGUCUUGCCAUCAUCUUAAAAUUUAAAUAACCGGGGAUAGGACGGUUACUGGAAUUUUAAUAAAAAAAAAAAUAAGACUAACAUUUUUAAUUUUAGAUAAAGCUAUUUUAAUUGUCUUGGCAGUGUGAAAUAUUUAUUAUUUUCGGUGGUUUUAAUCGUUUCUAAUACUCGAGUAUUAGUGAUAUAAUUUAUUAUUUACAUUAAGUAGAAGUAUGACGUUUAAAACUAAGUGUUGAGUUUUCUGUUUUGUACAGGAAAAUUACCAUUAUUUAUGUAUAAUUUAAGAAAUGUUGAGUGUACAGUCUAGUCACGGCGACCAGAGCUCCGGUCGUAUCUCACGAAAAUAUAUAACGAUCAUUCUUAAAUAAAUUAUUUUUAUUUA